AUGCGCUCUUUAAAUCAUCUUUUUUGUCGAAGCAUUACUGAUCAAUCCAUAGAAUAUGCAUAUCGUUGGCUAUUUUCUCGUGCCCAACAUUUAUUACGCUUGUCUCAAUCUCAUAUAUCAUACUCAAAAUCAAAAUCAUUAUUUGGAAUUUUUCGUUCUUUAAUUAAUCAAUAUCAUCGUCAUGUUCCCAUUGAGUAUUUAUGUGGUUCAGCAAUGUUUUUCAAUCGAUUAUUUAUUGUAAAUAGACAUGUUCUUAUUCCACGUCGAGAUUCAGAAUGUCUCAUUCAUCAUGUACAACAACUCUAUGAACACGAUACAAACAGACAAUCAAUAGUUGAAAUUGGUACUGGAAGUGGAUGUUUAUCGAUAACUCUCUGUCAUCUUUUUCCUCAUUGGCAAAUUCAUGCAUGUGAUAUUAGCUCAUCUGCACUUCGAGUUGCUCGUAAUAAUGCUUAUCUCCAUCAUUGUCAUAAUAUUGAAUUCCAUCGUGGAAAUCUAUUCGACUCAAAAUUUCUUGAAAAUAUUUCAUUUGAUAUAAUUAUUUCAAAUCCUCCUUAUAUUUCAAAAGAACAAAUAUCAUAUUGUGAUCGAGGAAUCUUCUAUGAACCAUCUAUUGCUUUAUUUGCUGAUCCACCAUUAAAAUUCUAUGUUGAAAUAAUUCAUCGUGCUAUCAAUGGAUGGCUUAAACCUGAAGGUUAUCUUGUUUUUGAAUGUUCUCCAUUUAAUGUUCAUCAUAUCAAACAAUUAUUCAAUCACCAACAAGAUCAUUUUCAAGAUAUCAAGAUUAUAUUUGAUACCAAUCAAUUACCUCGAGUUAUUUCUGCCAAGAACAAGAAAGUAAUUUGA